AUGGUUCAGAAUCUGGGGGAGGCCCAGACAUCACAGGAGGCCGCCAGCGCUUCCCGCUCCGGCCCGCGGGCAGCCCUGGAAGCCUGUGCGGAGGCUUGGAGACGCAGCUGCGCCGCGCGUGCUACGGGUGGCGGCGGCCCCUGCGGAGACGCCCAGGCCCAAACCGUGCAAUGCGAGCCCCUCGCAGGGGGAGUGAACACCGCUUACUUCUGGAGAAAGCCGGGAAGGUCUCCUGCCUCAUGGGCUCGAAAGAUGGUCAGCAGCUAUUGA